CAUGAUUUUGAUCUGAUGUCUGUCAGAUUUCAGCUGAAUGACUAUUCAUGGAUUCAGCUGGUGAAUUACAUACGGAAGCUGCAUGUUGCAGCCGACGCAGUCCUUCACGCGCUCAAGAGCCGGGAAAGCCCAUGGAGUCGGGAAGAGUUCUACAGGCCUGUCCUGGACAAUGACCCACUGCUUCUGUGGGAACCGGAUGAAGAGGCAGUUGAAGCAAUGCAUGCAGCAACCGAAAAGAGCACAUCUGCGUCUCCGCUUGAACAGCUUCAGGCCAGGUUGCGGGCGACCGAGGAGCGUGCUAAGAUGGCGGAAGAAGCUUUGCAGCGUGCGGUUACAGAUUUGAAUUCUAUCAGAGAGCAAUCAGCAACCUUGCUGCUCGGUGAUGAAGCCGCUGCGAGCAGUGUGUCACUGAAGAGGAGUGGGAGCGAAGAGUCGCUUGACGGCGAUGAAUCCGAUCCGUACUUCAUGUCAUAUGCCAAUGUGUCCAUUCAUCGGGAAAUGCUUCAGGAUACUGUUCGCACAAGUUCCUAUCGCGACUUCAUCUUGGGAAAUGAGGCAGUCUUCAAAGAUAAGGUGGUUCUGGAUGUCGGCUGCGGAACUGGUAUCCUCAGCAUGUUUGCAGCCCGUGCUGGCGCCGCCAAAGUCUAUGCAGUGGAUCGCUCCAGCAUAGUCUAUCAGGCGAUGGCCAUUAUCAGAGAAAAUAAUCUCGAGGACAAAAUCACCGUCAUCCGAGGUGAAGUUGAGAAAGUAAAGCUGCCAUGCAAGGUGGACAUCAUUAUCUCCGAAUGGAUGGGCUACUUCUUGUUGUACGAAGCCAUGUUCGACUCCGUGCUGAACGCCCGUGACAAAUUCCUUGCACCCGGCGGUAAUGUGUUCCCGGCAGUGUUUACCAUGCACAUGGUCGGAUUGGACGACGACUCGUUUCAAAGCAAGCUAGACUACUGGAAAGAUGUUUACGGCUUUUCCAUGUCCACCAUGCGCUCGUCAGAUCUCCUGGAGGCAGAAGUUGCCCAGGUCACGGCGGAUGGUGUCGCGACGACAUCAACUGUGUUCAAGACUCUUGAUGCUCAUGUGGUCAACGUGAAGGAUUUGGAGUUUGAGUCAUCGUUCAGAUUAGAGUGUACACGUGAUACGACGCUAACAGCUCUUUGCAGUUACUUCGACACCCACUUUGCAUCAAGCCCCGAACAGAAAGAGGUGAUGUUUUCCUGCUCUCCGGCUACUCCAACAACGCACUGGAAACAGACAGUGUUUGUGCUGAAUGAAACGCUGCCGGUCAAGAAAGGUUAUAUUAUUGAAGGUGACAUUUCUGUGAAGAAGCAGAAGCAGCAUCAGCGAGCCCUUCAUGUAGAGCUGAAGAUUCGUGUGCAAUCCAGUGAGAACACAGAGGUGUGUCGCCGAGUGCAAGAGUACGUUGUGCAGUGAGUUUGUAGCUUUUUGUCAGGGAACACUCAGAUACUCAACACUCACAUCUUUACCGGAUCUUAUUACGCUGGCCAAAAAUCAUGCACGCAUGUGAUAUGCGCGAGACUAGCUAAAGUUCUUUAGCACAUUCUCGUUACGUCGAGGUGGGAUGAACUUGAAGUCUAUCCGGUAAUCCUCUUCCUCUUCCAUUUCUAUAGUAAUUGUUACAUGUGCAAGUACUUUUUUCCGGCUGGCCGGCUAUGAGGCAUGACACGAUCUGUACAUCCUUUCCUGCUACACUCUGCUGUCCUACUUUCUAUUGAAAUAGUAUAGACAAUCACAUGUUACAGUGCACAAAAUUAGUUGCACGAUGCUCUUGCUGUAGCUGAACAUUUUCUCCUGCUUUGCAUGUUUCGUCAUGCGUUGACCUUGACUGUACUUGAGAGCGACUUGCUUGAUUGUGUAGCGGCAGACUGCUUGUAACGUUA